AAUUGCUUCCGAUCCGAGGUCGGCGCGAACGAUUUGCUCUAAAGUAUCAAAAUGGAUAAAGUAGAUAAAAAAAGAUUGGAAGAAUGCGGUGCUUUACCCAAAGGGUGGAGUAGAGAAGAGGUGAUUAGGAAGUCAGGCUUAUCGGCUGGAAAAUCAGACGUAUAUUACUAUAGUCCAUGUGGCAAAAAAUUCAGAAGCAAGCCACAACUUGCAAGGUUCCUUGGAGAUUCUGUCGACUUGAGCUCUUUUGACUUCCGUACAGGCAAGCUGCUCUCAGCUGGCAUUCGUAAGAGCAAGCGGUUACGGAACAUUCAUUAUGACUACAACAAAGGUACACGGCAUGAUUCCACACUGGUGCUUCCAAUACGACAGACGGCAUCCAUUUUUAAACAGCCGGUCACGACAGUGAGGAGGCAUCAGUCAAAUAAGAUAAAAACCGAUGUCAAACCAGAUACCAAAGAAUCCCCAAAACAAUUGUUCUGGGAAAAGAGAUUACAAGGAUUAAAUGCAACAGAUAUUGCUGAAGAACUAUUAAUCCAAAUGGACCUUCCUGAAGGAAUCACAAGUGUUGGACCAGGUAUGUCUGAUGAGAGUCUAAUUCAAAGUAUUGCAUCAAGUUUACAUCUUAGCACUCAGCCAAUCACAGGACAGAAUGCCUCACAGUCUCAGUUGGAAAAGAAUCCUGAUGUUUACAUCAACUCUGACCAGCCGUUGUGUAUAAAAUUUGUUGUCAGUGAAAGUGAUAUAAAAAAUCAGGAGGAUCGGGUACGAGAUGUCCGAGAACGACUGCAGAAAGUCCUUGAGGGUGAUGUGGAGGCCAUUGAAGCUGAACUUGAAGAAGAAGAGGAACCAAAUUCUGAAGGAGAGUAGCAUUCCAAAAGCUUAAGAAUGCCGAGAUAAUCACAACUCCACUGCUCAUUCCCAGGUAACCUAAUCAGCAUCUAGGGGGCAGCCUUCUGUAUGUCAUCCCAUCAUCAUAAUUAAUAAUAUUGUUCAACUCAAGCCUCAUUAGCUUCUGUAAUUUGAAAGGUAAUUUUGUUUACAUUUUGGAAAGCUAAAAGAUGCAAAUGAUAUUGCCAGUUGUAAAGCAUUUCAAGAUAUUUAAUCUGAAGGUCUUAAAUAUCUUGUAACUAAUUUAUUCAUUUUUGCUCUGUUUGUACUAUUUUAAUAUCCUUGAAUCCUUGUUAUACAGUUUACUUACUUCAUUAUGGUUCUUAUUAAGGCAGUAUUACACUAUCUUUAUUGUAAUUAUUUUUGUUAAUAUUAUUAUUGUAAUUACAGUUGUUAUUAUUAUUAUCUAAAGCUACCAUAAGUUAGUAAUAUCAAAGAGUAUACAGGUAGAAUGGCACGACGUCCGACUAUCCGUGCAUGAAAUAAAACGGAAAAUGCAAUGCUACCACAAGAUAGGGAGCGUCUUAUUUUAAUUCAAACAGAGUUUGAAAUUUGAACAGGCAUUCUCUACACACAGCACGUAUCCUAUAUGAACACAUUUUACGUGUGUAUAUCAUCUCUUUUGAAGGAUGGCCUGUAGUUUGUUGUAGUACUUUUUGAGAUUUUUAUUCCAUUCCAAGGAAAACCCAACAGUCGGACCUCUUGCCUUUCUAUACUUUUUGGUAGUAUGGGGUAAACAAUUAAGUUCUCAGACAGUUUUAUUUAUAGUGAAAAAGAAGAAAAAGCAUAGAUGCUGACUGAUUUUUUUUUUUUUUGCAUCUCAACUUUGUACUUUGUCAUAAUACAUUUUAUUCCUUUUAGACUAUAAAUAUUCUUUGAAACAUGAGAGACUAAGAUUUGGUGAUCUUAUGGCUUUGAGAAUAUGAAAAAAUGAUGCGACGAUGAUGGCAGUGUUUUUGAUUCGCAUGUUUGUGUAAAUGUGUAUCACUGAAUAUUUUGUGACUUAAACUUAAAAAUAAGAUAAUUACCUUACAUCGUAAAGAAUAAACUAAUAAUAAGUUCUCCUCUCCCACCUCCUAAUCAUUCCAGUUACCUAAGGAACUUUUACACUAAAACUCUCUUGUUUUGAGUGUUUAUUCAUACUAUAGAUUGUUUUAUAGUUUUUUUAAUUGAUGAUUAAUCCAAGAUAUUUAAUGCCGUUUCAUAUUACAAAUAUGUUUUUGCAGGGAUAUGGAAUAUAUUUGUAUCACAGGGGAUUUCCCACUUUCAUGAAUUUGGCCUCCCUCAACUUAAAUCAGUGAAUUUAGCCAUCUUGUCAGAGAAUUCAUGCCUCCCCAUACCGAAAUGACAGUAGAUUGGGCUCCCAGUGGCCACAAUUCAAAAGGAUUUCAGUCCCCAUUUUAAGGAAUUAAUCAUGCAGAGGACUGAAUUCACUAUGUAGGGCCUACAUUAUGCUUAGACGGGAGGAUGAAUUCGCUAGAGGGUGAGAGAGGGCGGAUUACCAAUUUAUAAAAAAAAAUUCUGCAUACCAUAUUAUUAAUGUAACAAUGAUGUUAUGAUGUAUGAUAGUAAAGCUACACUGUACACUGUAUGAUUCAAUGACUUGGAUUUGUAACUAUUUUUUAACAUGGACUCCACUUCCAUGUAACCCAUAUUUUCUUCACCGUUUUGGAAAUAAAUACCUGUGAAUAUA